AUGAAAGCAGAGAUGAGGAUGCUGGCAAAUCCAUGAUGGUGAUGAUAGAUGAUGAUAGUAGUUAUGAUGGUGAGGAGGAUAAUGCUAGUGGCCAAUCAUGAUGAAGAUGAUGAUAGCAGCCAUGAUGAUGAUGAUGAUGCUAGCAGUCAUGAUGGUGAGGAUGAUGAUGCUUGUGGUCAUGAUGGUGAGGAUGAUGAUGCUAGCAGCCAUGAUGGUGAGGAUGAUGAUGCUAGCAGCCAUGAUGGUGAGGAUGAUGAUGAUAAUGGUCAUGAUGGUGAGGAUGAUGAUGCUAGCACCCGUGAUGGUGAGGAUGAUGAUGCUAGUGGUCAUGAUGGUGAGGAUGAUGAUGCUAGAAGCCAUGAUGGUGAGGAUGAUGAUGCUAGCACCCGUGAUGGUGAGGAUGAUGAUGCUAGUGGUCAUGAUGGUGAGGAUGAUGAUGCUAGAAGCCAUGAUGGUGAGGAUGAUGAUGCUAAUGGUCAUGAUGGUGAGGAUGAUGAUGCUAGCAACCAUGAUGGUGAGGAUGAUGAUGCUAGCAACCAUGAUGGUGAGGAUGAUGAUGCUAGCAACCAUGAUGGUGAGGAUGAUGAUGCUAAUGGUCAUGAUGGUGAGGAUGAUGAUGCUAGCAACCGUGAUGGUGAGGAUGAUGAUGCUAGCAGCCGUGAUGGUGAGGAUGAUGAUGCUAGCAGCCGUGAUGGUGAGGAUGAUGAUGCUAGCAGCCGUGAUGGUGAGGAUGAUGAUGCUAGCAGCCGUGAUGGUGACAUCUCCUUCCGUUUCCUGGAGUACGUUCGCUCCCAGCAGGAGCGCCAGCAGCGCCGCCAGGCCCGCGGCCUCCAGACGCCGUCAUGGCAACACAUCUCUGAGAACUACGCCACAGCAGACGAGGGGGCGGGGCCCCAGGAGUCACGUGCCGUGGUGUGUGACAUCAACAAGGAGAUGCUGAGGGUGGGAAAGGAGAAGGCGGAGAACUUGGGCAUCACCACCGGUCUGUCCUGGGUAGUGGGGGACGCUGAGGAGCUUCCGUUUGACGAUGACCAGUUUGACGUUUACUCCAUCGCCUUCGGCAUCCGCAACGUCACACACAUGGAACAGGCACUUCAAGAGGCACUCCGGGUCCUAAAGCCAGGAGGCCGAUUCAUGUGUCUGGAGUUCAGCAAAGUUACCAACCCAGUACUGGCAAAGCUGUAUGAUGCUUAUAGUUUCCAGAUGAUUCCAGUGUUGGGGGAGGUGAUCGCUGGGGACUGGAAGUCCUACCAGUAUCUGGUGGAGAGCAUCCGCAAGUUCCCAGACCAGGAGACCUUCAAAGGCAUGAUGGAGGACGCUGGUUUCUACUGUGUCCGGUACUACAACCUGACAGGGGGGGUGGUGGCCCUCCACUCUGGCUUCAAACUGUGAGCUGCUCAUCAAGCGAACAGCUCUGGUCUAUGGGCUCUCCUCCACCCAGCCUCUGAGAAGCUACAGCUCUCAACAACUGAAUUGUCACUUCUGAUGGCAAGGAAACGGGAAACCAUUUCCUAGUGAGCUGUAUUUGUCUGGAGAAUGACUGUCUUUACUUCCUAGGAGUGUUUUUGUACUAUAGAUGACGUUUCGAGUUGUUUCGGUUUGACUUCUGUGGAUGGACACUGACAAUACGGGUGGCGCUGUCGUCAUGGUAACGGCACACCAGCUGUUCAUGAAUCCCCGAAAGGUGUGUUAUAAAUAAACAUGUAUUCAAAGUCAAAUUUGCUAUGUAUUUUGCUAUCAAAUCAACUUUACAUGCUUGGAAAAGGACAGUCAGUCUCACCUUUUGCGUUUCUUUUCCAGAGGUAAACGUACAGUAUUGUGUGCUAAUGCGCCAUCUAGUGUUCAAACUUAGUCAACACAGGUUCUGCAUCUUGGUGUCUGUGACGUUAUGCUGAGAUGUCUGCUGUUGCGUGUUGGCCAAGUAAAAAAGAGGAAGGUAUGUGAGCUCCUCACCGCACUGUCUCUUCACUUUGAAGAGUCAAAAUAUAGAGAAGGAAGACGCCACCACAUUUACUUGAAUAAAACUGUAUAUUUUACA